AUGAGUACUGGCUGGAAUUUUAAUUUUGGCCGCAAGUAUGCCGAAAGGAGAAGAAAAGAAGAACUAAACUACAUAAACUUGUUCAAUCAAAAUGAGAUAAACAAUUUAAAUGAAAACCCUGAAGUAUUUAGAGAGGGAUUAAAUUGUGGGCCUGCUGGACGAAAUGCAUUAAUAAGAUGGAUAGAAUAUAAUUACCGAUUAAAAAAUGACGAAGAAAAUAGUAACCCUGCAGUUAGAGCUUGCAAGGUGUGGCGACAAACACAAUCAUUUCAAGAUGUUGCAUUAUCUGGGUUGAUGGAUUUUCUCAAAUUUUUAAAUAUCCCUAAGCACAUAACAUAUAAGCAUGUAUUUAAAAAUUAUUUAUCUCCAAAAUUCAUAAAUAAAGUUAAAUCAGUGGAAAAGUCUCAAAAAUGUUUAACAAAGCUAGCUAAAAAAAUGAUGUUAAUGUUUCAAGUACGCGAAAUACAACCAUUAUUCUCUAUGGUAUUAGAAAAAAUAAAUAUUAUUCCUAUAAAUAUUUUAAAAAUAUUAGUAGAAGAUACACCUGCUGCUAAAUACUUUUAUGAAAUCACUUCAAUUAAUGUUAAACGGAAAAUAUGGAUAUUGUGCCCAGAAUUAUUUUUUGAAGAAGUAGAGCAUAUUAUAGAAGAAAUCAUAUUUCGAAUGAAAUUAAAAAAUAGUCACAAUUAUAUAACAAAUUUGAUUAAUAACAUAAUAGAAUUAAUAGGUGAAGGAAAUGAACAUAUUUUUCUUUAUAAUUUAUUUUUACAUAUAAUACGAUUAAAAUGCUUACAAAAAAUUUUAAAUGAAAAAGAGCAUAACUCAUCGAAUUUUUUACAUGAGCACACACCGUGUGCAGAAAAGGAAAUAAAAACAAAUGCUUGUUCAAAAAAUGUUAAUAAUAAGCCACAUCUGAAUAAGGAUACAAAUGAAGAAAUAAUACAAAGCGAAAAGGAUUCAAAUAAUACCCCAGAAAAUAUAAAAAGUAAUAGUGAAAUUGAUGAAUAUAUACAAGAAAAUAAUGAAUAUGGAAUAGUUGAAUCUCACAAUAUGGGUGAAUCACAAGAUGGUGUUAGUUCUUGUUCUUCUCAUCUUUCAGAACAUUUUGAAACUAAAUUAAAAAAAUUAGAAACAAUUUUUGAUAAAAUCAUGAAUAAUAAUAAAAAUGUGAAUGAUGAAAAAAAAAAAAUAAUAAAAUGUAAUAACAACUCUAAAUUAUACGUUAUAAAAAUUCAUGGAUAUAAUCAUAAUAGUAGUUCAUUUGAAUAUUUACAGAUGAGAGAAAAUAUGGAUAUAAGUGAAAAUACUACAUGUCAUAUACAUAAAAGUGAAAUAUUUUCAAACAUUAUUGAAAAUAAAGAAGUCCAUAAUAAUAUAAAUAGAAGUAGUAGCGAGACAAUUUAUACAAAUAGUUUUCAUUAUGAUAUAAAUAAGAAAAAACGAAUUGUUUCGGAUAACAUUAUUAGUAAUAUUACUACUAGUAAUAAUACCAAUAAGGAAAAAAAAGAAAUCGAUGGAGAGGGCAAAAAUAAAUAUACUAAUAGAAAAUUUGAUAAAGACUAUUAUAAAAAAAAAUUAAUACUACCUUUUGAUAGCAUGUUUUAUAGUAACCUUAGAUUAUUAUUUUGUUUGCAAUACAAAGAAAAAUAUAAUCUUAAGGAUGAAGAAAUUACUAAGAUAGAUAAAUAUUAUCCCAUUGUUGAAUUUAUUAACAAUAUUAUAAAAGACGGAUUAUUAUGUUUUUCUGAUGAAUUAAAAACACAAGAAAUAAUAAAAAAAACUAAAAAUUCAAUUAAAAUAAAAAAUAUUGAUGAUUUAUGUGAAUAUUCAUUGUUAUUUAAUAAUAUAUUAUUGAAAUAUUCCAUUAUAAAUGGUAUUUGUUUUAAUUUUUAUAACAACAAUUUCGAUCUUUUAACACAAAAAAAUAAUGUGAACUUUUGGGCAUCUAUUUUUUAUUUUGGAAUUUAUAAUAAUUUUUUUGUUUUAAUAAAAUAUGCUAUAGAUAUUAUAGAUUAUAAGCAUAGGAAAAAAAAAAAAAAAAAAAAAUUAUAUCAACAAAAUGACGAAUUAUCUAUUUUAAAGACAAACAAUAAUCAGAAUAUUGAAAGUUGUGAUAAUUUAAACUACACUCAUGAAAACUCUAAUAUUGAAAAAAAAAUAAACGAAAUAAUUAGUAGUGAUUUUAUGAAUGAUCAAAAUGGAUAUGAAAAGUUAAAUUACGAAUAUGAAAAAAAUGAUGAAAACAAUUAUGGAAUGAAUAUAGAUGAAAGAAAUAUAUCAAUAUCAAAAAAGAGAAAAACAGGACAAAAUCGAUGGGAAAAUGAGACUUGUACAGGAUUUAAAAAUAUUUUCGGAAACGAUAAAUCGAUAGAAAAGGAAUCUGGUGAUAAUAAAAAUGUUGAGAACAAUAAAGAUGGAAAUGUAAAAAGUAAUAUGAACUAUUAUAAUAAAUUGGCAAAGAAAAAAUCACCUUCAUCAAUUGAAACAUAUGAUGACAAUAUGUAUUUAGACAAAGAAAAACGAAAGGAAAAAAAUAAAAAUUAUAAAUAUAUGAGUAUAGAAAACAAAAAGGAAGAAAGCCAUGUGAAAUACAUUCAUGGAUCAAGUAAAAAUUUUAAACCUAAAGAUAAUAAUAAUGAUACUGAUGAUGAAGAAAUUGGUAGUAAUUAUAAUAACAUUUUUCUAAUGGAAGAAAUAAAAAAUAAAACACAUAAAUUAUUUAUGAAUGGACAUAAUGAAAGUUAUUUAAAAAUUCCAUUAAAUAGCAUUUUAAAAUACAUAAUAGCAUCAGACAAUGGAAGUAAUGAUGAUUUUUUAUCAUUUUUUAAUUUUUUUUCUGAAGAUAGUGAUAAUAAAAAAAAAGCAAAAAAUAUAAAGGAAAAGAAUAGCAUAUUAUUAUUAUCAGCUUUAUUAAAUAUACCACAAAUAAAUUAUUUAAAAAUACAUAUUUUUUUCACAAUUAUUGAUGAAUUUUUUUAUGAAGAAAAAACAAAUACAAGAAAUAUGCCGACGGAUUAUUAUAAUACGAAAUGCGAUAGUGAUCACAAUGAAAAUAAUACAGAAUUAAACAAAUCUGAAGAAAAAAAAAAAAAAAAAAAAAAUUUAAAAAAUGAAACUAGUAAUGUAACAAGCACAAAUAAAUUAGACUCUAAUAAUAUAGAAAGACAAAACUUUGGAAAUAAUUCUCAAAAUUUUGGAACAUUUAUUGCAAAUAAUACAUUGAGUACUAGUAUAUCAUCUCUUAACAUUAACAACAUAAAUAAAAAUUUUAAUAAUUCAGAUAAUUUAAAUAAAAAUAAAAUUGGGGAAACAAUUUACAAUGAAUAUGUUAGUAUGAAAUCGAAUUAUGAUACCACACCAAAUAAUAAGGGAAAAAAGCUAACCCAUCAGAAUGAAGACCAAAUUAAUAGUCCUGAGAAGAUAAGCAUCACUAAUUGUAGUAUUCAUCGAACUAGUAGUAGUAAUUUAUAUGCUUCUCAGAAUAAAAAAUAUUUUUAUCAUAUUGGCGACAAACUCUUGAGAAAUAUAAAAGAUAUGAAUAAAGAAAUAAGUAGAAGUUAUUUUUUUACAAAUAACAUCGAUAUGAAAUGCAUAAGCGAUAUAUUAAACUGUAGAAAUAAUGAUGAAUGUAAAGAUAGCUAUAAAGACGGUCAAAAAGUUGACAAUUUAAACACUAUAAAAAACGAAAAAAUAAAUAUUCAUAAAGACAAUGAUAAUUUAAUUAAUUUUGAAAAUGAUGAAAAAAAACGAGUAGAAAAUAAUAUAUACAAAAACACUUAUUAUUUCUACGAAAUAUCAAAUAAAAUAAUCCAAAAAUCUGAUAAUUUUAAAGGAAAUAGUAAAAUAAAAAAAUAUUUUCCCUAUGUUUUAAAAACAUCUUUUAUAUCUUUAAAUUUCUUAAAACAAGCUAAUAUAAUAAAUAUAUAUAUAAAAUAUAUGUAUUUAUAUGAAUAUUUAUAUCACAUGAUAUUAAACAGAAUAUUACACAUUAGUACUGUUAACUCAUUUCCAUUUUUACAAAAUGUUAUUUUAAAAGAUUUAUCUUACUAUUUUGAAGAUUUCAAAAAAAGCAAAAUAAAAAACUUUUGGAAAUUUUACUUAUAUUUACAUACAUUAAUUGAUAUGAAUAAAAAUAACAUUUAUUUAAUCAGCAAAUUGUUUCAUAAUAAUGCCAUUGAUUAUUUUAUAAAACUUUUUUAUUCUUUGUCUUUUUACAAUUCAAUUUUUUCUGUCCUUUUUCUCAAAAUGAUGGAAACCCCAUUGUUUUACAAGAGCAUAGAACAUAAGAAAACUGAAAUUUUGCAAAACCUGUGGAUAGGAGCACACGAAUUGAUUUUUUCAAACAAUGAUAAGGGAAAAAGAAAUUCCAUUGAGUAUAAUCUUUGGAUAAAUUCGUACAAUAAACUUUAUGAAAAGUUAUAA